AUGGCGAAGGCAAAAAAUAAAAGAAAUUCUGGGCUAGCUGAUAAAGUUAACAAUAAAAGAAAGGGAGAUGGGAUAAAGAAAAAGCUGAAUCCUUUCGAGGUGCACAUCAACAGAGAAAAAAUUAAAGUUUUAGGUAAAAAAUCUAAACAUGAUCGAGGAUUACCUGGAGUGUCGAGAGCUAAAGCUAUUCAGAAGAGAAAAGAAACUCUAGGAACCGAAAUGAAACUCAUGAAUAAGACGAACACAUUCAUUGACAAGCGUAUCGGAGAGAAAAACAAUCAGUUGUCAUCGGAAGACCGUAUGAUUGCGCGGUUCGCCGCCGAAAGGGCUCGGCAGCAUAGCAAAAAAGAUAUCUACAAUUUGGCAGAUGAUGAAAUAUUGACUCACAGAGGUCAAACUCUGGAGCAGAUAGAAAAAUUUGAUGAUCCAAGAUCAGAUGAUGAGGAUGAUGACGCAAAGAAGUUUGGAGGAUUAGAUGAUGACUUUGUAUCAGAGGGCCACUUCGGUGGUGGUAUUCUAACAAGGACUGAAGCGAAGGACGGUGCUAAAUCUCACAAAGACCUCAUCGAGCAACUCAUAGCGGAAUCGAAAAAGCGCAAAGCAGAAAAACAGAAAGAGAAAGAACAAACUUUGGACUUGACUGAGAAGUUGGACAGCGAAUGGAAGGACUUACAGCCUGUUGUGUUCAAACGACCGCGGGUAGAAGAAAAGGAGUCGGCUAUUGAGAAGCUUCUCAGUCAGGCAGAGAAGAAAAGCGAAGAUUACGACAAGAUGAUGAGGGAGUUGCGGUUCGAGAAAAGAGGCACGCCCUCAGACGGUCUGAAGAAUGAUGAGAAGCAAGCGAAGGAAGAACAGGCGAGGCUGGAGAAGCUAGAGCGUGAGAGAUUACAGCGGAUGGAGGAGGAUGACGAUAUGUUCAGGCCAAGAGUGCAGAAAACUGUGCCGAAACAUAGGUACGACGACAUUUCGUUUCAGGUCUCUCCCCACGGCGACUUUUUAUAG